GAUUAAAAGACACGUGUAUAGUUUGAACAGCUCAUGCCAUAGUUUCAUUAUUGCAUUGUUAACAAUGAGGAUAUAUAACGUAUAUUUCAGUUUAUAAAAAUUUCUAAUAGGAAGAUUUAUGUAUCAACAGAGAAGAGUUUUACAAAAGGGUCAAUUUGAGAUGGCAAGUUAUCCAGUAGAAGACGACGGGGAUUAUGAAUAUUGCCAUGUCUCUGCACCUAAAAUGAUAGAAUUUAAAGAAGAUGGUAGAAGUGAUCUUCAAUUAACAGGUAUGAAACUUAAAGACCUUUCCGACGACAUAAGACAUUUGAAAGAAGCAUUACCUGAGUUCAAGGAAAAAUGUAAAGAUUACUGCGAACAAAUUAAAGACUACAAUACUGAAAAGAUGUUGUUGAUCAGAGAAAAACGUGCACUUCAAGAAGAAACGAGAAAGUGGAAAAAUAUUGCCAGUAAAAAGAAUACAGAACUGCAAUCUUUAAAAUCACAGAUAAAAGUGUUUGUAGAGAGGGAGAAAGACCUAAGAGAACAAAUCAAGAUGUCAGAAGAUACUCCAGACAAAGAAGAAUAUGAGAGACAAAAACGAGAAGUGUCUGAAUCAAAAAUUGAAAUAGAAAAACUAAAACACCAAUUAGCUAACCUUGAAAAAGCAAUGGCUGACAAAGAUGAGCGGAUCAGCAAAACUGCUGAAAAGAAAAUUGAAACAAUGAGUAAAGAAAUUGUUACCAUAAAGAAGAGUCAAGACGAAAUGAUUAGGAAGCUGAAUGAAAAAGACAACACACAUAAAGAGAUGCUUGAUGUGAUAAAAGAGAAAGACAAGACAAAUAAAGAAUUGCUGAAUACGAUGAAAGAAAACGACAAGAAACAAGAACUGAUGCUUAAUAUGAUAAAAGAUUUGAAGGACGAUAUGGAAUGCAACAGGGAAUCGACUGGGAGGCAGACUCUACAUUUAGAAAGACGAUCUCAGCCGCUUUUCAGUGGAAAUACAGCAGUAAAGGUGGAAAGGAUGGAUAGUUUUGUACGAAGAUCGGAACACAGUACUAAUAGAAAUUUUGAAAUAAACACAGGGUCAGAAACAACGGAACAGCAUAAACCAACUUUGGAAGGAAGGUCUGGCUAUUUCCCAGAUGUCAGAGUAUUUGGACAGCCCGCUAGGUCUAUCCCCAAUGCUCCGUGGAAGCAGUACUUCCACAAUCAAAGUAAACGAUAGAUGAUUUUGACCAAGAUCAAGUUUUAAAAGAUCGUUAUGUACAUUAAUAUAAAUUACAUUUUGUAUGCACAGUGUAAAUAAUCAAAAAGUUGAAGACAACUCUGAAAGGCAAGAAAAAUAUUAUAUAUCAUUAGAAUAGAAUUUAAACUGUUUUUCUUUAGAUAUUCAAAUUUCUCAAACAAACCCAGCAAUCUUCGUUAGUAAAGAACUUUUUACGUUUUAAAAUUUUAUAUUUCCAAAACUGUAUUAGUAAUGAAUCUAUUAAAACAAUACAAAUAAAGUGAACAAAAAAAAUGUGUAUCUAUGUAGGAAAUAUUACAUAUCUAUGCUGUUCUGACGAAUUUUAUCGCUUGAGUUGAUUGUGUAAAGUAGUUGUUCCACGAACACGAUAGGGCGUGUGGUACAAUCACUGAUAUAAGUCAUGUAAUUUUCCUUUAAUUAUAUACAUUUAUCUACAAAGACCAAUAAAAUGUUAUGCACGCUGAUUAUACAAGCGACUCGAUCAAUACAGCACAAGAUUUUUACACUAUUGAAUAGGACAAAUUAAUCUGACAGACAUGUGCUUCUGGUAUCUUACGUGAAAAAAAUAUCUUGUUGGAGCAUUUUGCUAAUGAAAAUCAAAUGUGAUUUAACUAAUAAAUAACCAACAAUCCAGAUAUAAUUUGAAAUAUUUGUGUACGCGUGAAUCUAAAAUUUUAUAAACCACCCAUUAUUCUGUGAACGCAACCUUGAUGAAGGAAUCCCAAAACAUAAAUAGAAUCAGACAGAAACAAGAGCUUCAUAAUCUUCUUUUAUCUGGAUACUCAUCAUAAAAUUUUCUUCAUACACAAGAUCAUCACAAAGAAUUACAAGACGUGUUUGCCAGACAUUGACAUUGACGCUUUUUUGCCCCAAUUC